CGCCAAGAGGAAGAGGAAAACCCCCCACCUUAAAAACAUCAAACCGGAAGGGAGAGGGAGAGGGAGAGGAAGGGGAGGAGAAGAUGGGGGUGCUAAGGAGCACGGAGAGCUUGGAGGCGGAGAUCGAGGAGAUGCGGGAGGCGCUGCUGCGGAGCGGCGGAAUCGGGAGGGCCCAUGUGCGGAAGGCGGGGUCGGGAAGCGUCCAGCGGAGGGCGGACGGCGACGGCGGGGUAGGCGACGAGCGGACGGUGUGCGUCACCGGGGGGAUCUCGUUCGUCGGGUUCGCCGUCGUCAACCACCUCCUCGACCGCGGAUACACCGUCCGCCUCGCCCUCGAAACCCAGGAGGACAUGGACAAGCUGAGGGAGACGGAGAUGUUCGGCGAGAUGGGCAGGGACGGGGUGUGGGCGGUGAUGGCCAGCGUGAUGGACUUGGACAGCUUGUGCCGGGCGUUCGAUGGGUGCGUCGGGGUCUUCCACACCUCCAGCGUCGUUGAUCCGGGGGGUCUCUCUGGCUACUCGAAGCAAAUGGCCCAAAUGGAGGUGAGAGCAGCCGAGCUAGUGGUUGAAGCCUGCGUGAGAACCCAAUCGGUCAGAAGAUGCGUCUUCACCUCCUCGCUUCUGGCUUGCGUUUGGCGAGAGAACAGCACUCCUCGAAGUAGCCGUCGCCCCACCAUCGUGGACGAGAACUGCUGGAGCGAUCAGAGAGUGUGUCGUGAUAAAAAGCUAUGGUUUGCGCUGGGCAAGACAAUGGCAGAGAAAGCGGCAUGGAGGGCGGCACGUGGGAGGGAUGUGAAGCUGGUGACCGUAUGCCCCGCCCUCGUCACCGGACCUGGUUUCCUUCGUCGCAACACCACCAGUUCCAUCGCCUACCUCAAAGGCCAGAGGCCACUCCCCCGCCCAUCUCACUGUCGCCUUCUAGGAUCCUACAUCUCACUCCUUGGAAAUGCCUGCAGGAGCUCAAGAUAUGCUCACGGAGGGACUGCUCGCCACCAUCGACGUGGAGAAGGUAGCCGAGGCUCACGUAGCUGUGUACGAGGCAAUGAGCAGCACCGCUUGUGGGCGAUACAUCUGCUACGAUCAUGUCAUCCGAAGCGGCGAAGAGGCCGCCGAACUAGAGCGGCAGCUGGGUCUUCCGAACAGGGUAUCCAGGGACGCCCACGCCGAUUGCCCGACAUGGGUGGAGCUCUCCAACCGGAAGCUCUCGAGGCUAUCCUCUUCCAGGAGGAGGAGGUGUACAUACGAUAUCUACUCGAUCUCGCAGGAGUAGUAGGCCUACACAUUGUGUACAUUCCGGGAGAAGCACAUUCGAAUACCUGAUAGGCUCAUGAAUGCACCGACAUGUGUGAUUACUGGUGCUCGAAACCUUUGAACAGAUAACUCUGCUACGAUAUCAAAGACGUGGAGACUCGAAAAGAGUUGCGUGGAUUCCAUUA